UUGUGGCGGGGGUGCAUGGCCGACGGACUUUACCGCAAUGUUUAUUUGCUCUGUUUUCUGUAGAGUAGCUGUGUAAGCGGUGCGUCAGAGAGGGAGCAGAUGCGGCUCUUACCAUGACUCGUCCCGGGAAGCAGUGCUUUCAAGCGGCGUUGAUUUUCCUGACUGUCGCCCAGCUGACUGCAGGUUUGAAGUGUGUGUGCCAGCUGUGUGCCAACAACACCUGUGAGACAGCAGCAGACGGUGCUUGCUGGAACUCUGUGAUGCUGAUCGAUGGGAAGGAGGAGGCAGUGAAGUCCUGCCUGUCCCCCUCUGAGAUGAAAGGCCAGGUCUUCUGCUACAGCUCCAGAAAUGUCUCCAAAAGGAACUGUUGCUUCACUGACUUCUGCAACAACGAGACCCUGCACCUAUACCCAGAGAGGCCUUCAGAAGAACCCGGCUGGAGCAGGCUGCAGCUCAUCGUGGUGGUCCUGGUGCCCUCCUGCUUGCUGUGUGUAGGGAUCCUGCUAGGCGUCUUUGUUGUGCAGGGCCACCGUUGUGCCUACAGGCGAUCCCACAAGCAGGACCCGGAGGAGCCUCUGGAUGAUCAGUUGCUAAUGUCACCUGACAAAAGUCUCAAAGAUCUGAUAUAUGACAUGAGCACUUCUGGUUCAGGAUCAGGGCUGCCACUGCUGGUCCAGCGAACCAUAGCUCGAACCAUCGUCCUGCAGGAGACCAUCGGAAAAGGUCGAUACGGCGAGGUGUGGCGCGGCAAGUGGAGGGGCGAGGACGUGGCAGUUAAGAUCUUCUCUUCCAGGGACGAGCGCUCGUGGUUCCGUGAAGCUGAGAUCUAUCAGACUGUCAUGCUCAGGCACGAAAACAUCCUGGGCUUUAUUGCUGCUGAUAACAAAGAUAACGGCUCAUGGACUCAGCUCUGGUUGGUGUCAGAGUACCAUGAGCACGGCUCCCUGUAUGAUUACCUGAACAGGCACACGGUCUCAGUGGAAGGCAUGAUUAUUCUUGCUCUGUCCAUAGCCAGUGGGCUGGCACAUCUCCACAUGGAAAUCAUUGGCACACAGGGGAAGCCAGCCAUUGCUCACAGAGACCUAAAGUCUAAAAAUGUCCUAGUGAAGAAGAACGGGACGGCGGUGAUUGCAGAUUUGGGUUUGGCCGUGAAACUCGACUCCAGCACAAACACCAUAGACAUACCAUCCAACCACAGAGUGGGAACUAAGAGGUACAUGGCUCCAGAAAUCCUGGAUGAGACAAUCAAUAUAAACACCUUUGAGUCGUUUAAGCGGGCGGAUAUCUAUUCAUUAGGCCUGGUGUUCUGGGAACUGGCCAGAAGAUGCUCCGAUAGGGGACUUCAUGAGGAUUUUCAGCUGCCUUAUUAUGACAUGGUGCCUUCAGAUCCAUCCAUUGAGGACAUGAGGAAAGUGGUUUGCGAUCAGAAGCUCAGACCCAGCAUUCCCAAUCAGUGGCAGAGCUGUGAGGCUCUGCGUGUGAUGGGCAAGCUGAUGAGGGAGUGCUGGUACGCCAACUCUGCUGCGCGACUGACUGCUCUGCGGGUCAAGAAAACCUUGUCUCAGCUAUCCGUUAUCAAGGACAUCAAAGAAUAGUUAGAUUUGUUGCUCUGCAGAUCGGCACUGGUGCUGGCGCUGGUGUAAAAUAAUUGACCUCUCUUACUGCCCGAGACCGCCCUCCUUGGGACACAACCACACCGUCUGAGAGCUUCAUCGUGUCGUCGUUGGUGCCAAAGUACUGUAGGAGUCGUUUUUUUUAAAGCUUUGCACUUAGACACCUUGUGAAGCAACAUUUUAACCAAACAGCUAAACUCUUGGUAGGAAGAGCCAUUUUAAAUAAGUCGUGUUUGAUGUAUAAAUAGAUUAUUUUGCUACCUCAGUAUCAUAAGUGCCCAAAGCUUGAAGUUGCACAUUGAUAUUUGUGCCAUAUCUUGUAGCCAAUACAGUAUUGCUGGGUAGUUAAUGUGCUAAAUGACAAUCUUGUAGGAUACUGGAUUUAAACGAAACAAAACAGCUGGUUUGACUGUUCUUUAAUGACAGACACACAUACAGAUUUUCCCUGUUAAUCAGAAGUGCUUCUGCUUGACCGGCACUCAUGUACACAAAGCACUACUAAGCUUACAAGUAAAAGAUCAUCUUUAGCUCAAUGCAUCCAAGGUUUGCUAAUGAAAAAUUAACUCACAGGAAUUGGAUAAUUAAGGGUGUUAUAAGCAGAAGAAAUGUAAUGGAGUGAUGAACUUUUCAUCCACUGGUGCCAAUGGUCACUACAUGAAAAGGGUAUUUCAGCAUAUAGAGUGCAACUUGAACUAAUGAAAGUUUAUCCCGACAAAGAAAUAUUUCUGACAUUGUUUGAUUAACCAUAAAAAUCACUACAAAUACAUAUUUUUAAUAUAAAGAUAAGAAAAUCUAUGAAUGUCUAUUCUAUUCUUUUUCUAAAAAAAGCUUUCUGCUGCUGAACAAAAACGAGCAAUUAUCCGAUAAAUGUAAAAUAAAACGUCUAAACAAAAGCCUAUAUAUAAUUCAAAUCCAUUGUUUUUAUAUAAACCUGACUUAUUUUUGCAUUAGGUGAAAAAGAAAUUGGCAAAAAAAGCUGCCGAAGGUGCAAACGUAGCGCAACAUGCUGCUGAUUACUUUUACAUACCACAUAAGGGGAGCACAGUUUGAAUAUGGGUUCACAUUAGCAUCACUAGCACCACUGACUAACAUGGCCUACAGAGCCUCGACAUAAACAGGCUUAGAGGAAGUGCAGAAAUCUGAAUCUGCACACGAUUUGUGCACACAUGUGUAGGUGUGCUUGCAUGUGUGUUUGAAAUCAUGCAAAGUGACUCCUUAUUUAAAGCUGUGGAUUGAAAUAAUCUGAACAAUCGGUGUAGUGAUUGUGAAACUGUGAAACAUGACAAAUAUACACUGAGGCUUUUCAUUCACAUCCUGUCCAUAUGUUCAUGUUUUUAGUUUCAGAGACAAGUGACAUACUUCAAUAUCUGUGCUUGGUAUCAGUGUUCGCCUAUUUUGCAGUAUGAAAGCACUUAUUGUCAGAAUGACUGAAUAAUAUGUACUAUCAGCAGUGUUGCCUCUGAAAAUAAGCUAUGUACAGUAGCCUGUUGCUCUCUUGGCAAAAUGUGCAAGUCUUCAGUUUUUAUUUCUGUAAAACUAUGAGGUACUUUUUUCUAUAAUUACUGAAAAUUAGAAUGUUAUUAUUAUUUAUAUGUUCUGUAUUGUGUCUUAUCUGCUUCUCUAUGAAGACACAAAAAGGGACAGAAAGCAGAUAGCAAAGCAUAUCACCGUGUGCAAUUUCUGGUUUCUGAUCUCACAUAUAAUAUAGAAUUUUAAACAAAGUAAGACCUACUUUUGAUUUUAAGCCCGCCAUCAUUUAAAUAUACAUGUUUGAUGUAUCGAAAACUGUUUUGUGUUACUUCCUCAUACUGCAUUGUGUCGUCUCUUUUUGCACUAUUUAUUAUCCAUAUAAAAUGUGAUGUCAGUGGGUAAAUAAACUUUUUCACUGACUGAGCAUCAUUCAUGACUUUGACAGAAAGAUGGGAUGUUUUGCUCUCCCUACAUUUCAAGGGUAAUUUUGUAAGAAAUGACUGUGCAGAACUGCGCAAGUUACAGGGGCAGAAUUUCCCGGAGCCGUUUAUCUGAAGCUGAUCUUUUUUUCUUUAUCAUCUUCCCAUUCGCACUUUCAACUGGCGUGACUCAUCUGCGUUUCUGUUCUGCUGCGCUUUCUGCAUACGCUGUUAAUGUCCGUUAGACAGAGGAAAUAAAGCGCUGACACUGAAGCCAUCAGCGCUACAUGGAUGAGUCAACCCCCUUUUUCUGUGUUGCAUUAACAGAUUUUUACAGUGAAGGCUGUCACGUAAGAGGAGGUCGCGUUGUGUCACUUCGGGGCAUCAAAACACGCACAUAAGAAUUUAAAAGUUAGGUUUUAAAAGUAUUUUUAGCUGCUUUUAAUUUUUCAUCAGCACCAUCAGCGGAACAGACACGUUUAUUCAACCUUUUGCUAUAAAGUCACACCACCAGGCUACAAGCUCAAAACAAACCCAGCCUUGCUAAAUUAACACAAAGACAGCUGUAAUGUAAGCAUUACAGCAAGCAAGGGACAAACGAGAGAUCACCACAAUCACACUCAUUCAUCAUUCAUCAAUCAUUUCCUGUGGAACAGGUUCUAGAUACAUCAUACACAUAACGCACAGUGUGACUGCAAAUUUUCAACAAAUGCGUGUCAACAAUGUGUCAGUCAUCUCUAAAAACAUGAACUACUAACCCACCAGAGCUUUAUCUUUCCGGCCUUGCGCUCAGCAAAGUCAUUGACUACAUUACUCAGAAACAAGAACGGGUCAUCUCUUUCCCCUUAUGGUUGAAGGUGAUAGAGAUAAAAUAGAGAAGUCAAAAGGCACGUUAUGGACGAGAGCCAGAGUUUAAUAAUUACUAAUGGUUAAAUACAGUAGUGGUGUAAAAACACAGAGUGAGAAGAGAUGCUUGAACAACAACAACAAAAAAAUGUUCAGUGCAUCAUGGAAAGACUUCAGCGGCCUGUUGCAACAUGACGAAGGAAUGGUCACUUCAAUCUGAAAUGCAGGCUUUGUAAAAAUGGAAAAGUUAAGAACACAUUCAAAAGUAGAGAAGAUGUCUGAAUCCAAACUGCGAGAUGGUUUAAUAGAAGUGGUGUUUGAUAGCUUAAGACGCUGCCUCUCAUUCUACUUUUAAAUACCCUAGGAACCAAAAGUACUGUCUUUAAGAUAUGAGGGGGCCUGAGGAGAAGGAUUUUAAAUUCGAUUCUGGAUUUAAAGGGUAACCAGUGAAGUGAAAUGAAUAUGGGACAAUAUCUUUCUAGUCCUAGUUAAUACUCUCUUGGCUGUUCUGGAUCACCUGAAGGCUUUUCAGUCAUGAAUAAAUGCAUGAGUUAGCUUUUCAGCAUCACUUUGAGACAGGAUGUUUCUAAUUUUAGUGAUAUUGCGCAAAUGAAUAAAGACAGUCCUACAUAUUUGUUUAAUGUGCUCACUGAAGGACAUAUCCUGAUUAAAAAGGACUCGAAGAUUUCUCAGUGUUGCUGGAGGCUAAGGGAAUGCCAUCCAGAGUAAGCAUCUGGUUAGACACCGUGUUUCAAAGAUUUUUUAGGACCAGGUACAAUAAUGUAGUGAAUUUUGUGUCUUUGUAUAUGCUUUCACUGCAUUUGGAUGAAUGUUUGGGAUAAACGUCAUGCUUAAAAAUUAACCAUUGCCAAUCACAUGCUUUAAAAUUGGUACUGCAUGUUAUGAAGGACAUGACCUGGCUAUAAACUCUGGGUUGUUGAAAGUACAAUAUAAAGACGGGUAGUGCAAGAUUUUGAUACUCUACAUAAAUCAGUUUCCAACCCAAUUAUGCAAGUAAUGGAUUGAAUGGAGCACACGGGACUUCAGUGUCCAGACGGUCUCGUGGUUAUUUAGCAAACUGUUCCUGAGGGUCAGUGGGGCAGAGUGGGUUGCUGUAAGGCAGCCUGCUUCUUACAUGGGCUUUAUACAAUGGAGUGUAAAGCAACUCUGUAUAUGUUUUAAAGGCAAUGGUGUUGGCGAGAGAAAGAGGAAGUUUGUGCACCAUAGCUUAGUUUUCUUUAACCACUGUCUGCACGCCUGCCAGCCUGCCUGUGUGUGUGUGUUUUUUUUUCUUUUGAUCCAACCAUGUCUGAUGCCUUCGGCCCAAUGACCCGUGCUGUCUGUUUAGGAAGCAUGAAACUGGCCUUGAGCUAAAUCAGCCUUUUGUCUGGCCCUAUAAGACAAGUCUCCCUGCUUGGCAGAGCACAGAACACAGGCUUAGCCCCAUUGACAAAACUGAGAGUGAGUGAGGCUGGAAGCAGGUGCUGCUGGAGAGCUGAGGUGGCCAGUUUCUCAUGCAUUGCUGAUUUCUGACAGACCAUAAAUCAAAUUGCAAAGACUGCUAAAAGAAAAGGGGACUGUUUGAAGGGGAAUUCAAAAAGAAACAGCUUAAACACUCUCCUUGCUUUUUCUUUUCAAACCAACACAGAAGCACUUCUUGAGAAAAGACAGAAAAAAGUUAAAGGCGGUGAACAGGAAACAAGGACCACACAAUCGCUGAAGAGCUGCUGCAGCAGGACACGAUGCUGCUUUGAGGACUAUUCUACCAUGC